CCCCAACUCCCAACUCUCUCUCUCUCUUUCUCUCACACUUUACCAGUUUCGCCCCUACCCCCUCCGCUUAAUUACACUCCUCCGCCACUCCUCCUUCCCGUUUUCCCUCUCUCUCUCUCUCUCUCUUGAGUCUUCUUCCGGCACUGUGAUCUCCUUCCCUCCCUCUCUGAACGCCACAUUCUCCUCCUACCGGCCAUUGUUGCCUUCUUCGCGGACCUCGCAAAACCCAAGCCGAGAACCACUACUAUCUCUCUCUCUCUUCCCCUUCUCUCCCUGUGUGGCGCUAGGUUUUGAGCUGACGCGACGGAGUUAUGAAGCAGCGGUUGGAGCUGGGUUUGAGAUCUAAUUCAUCAGUGGCUCCCGCCGCGAGAGGAAGCUGUUCGUUUAUUUGCUAAAAAAGGAGGGAGAGGAAAACAAAUCAUUGUUUGCUGCUGCUUCACCUCUUUCUGGUUGUUGGAAGAAGAAGAAGAAGUGAAUGAGAAGCGAAGUUAGGUUUUAGUUUUAGUUUUUUUUUUCUUUUUUGCUGGUUUCCCAAUCCUUCAGUCAGUUGGUGGCGGGAGAGAGUGUGGGGAAAAAAAUGAAUCGGAGUUUUAGGUCUCAGGACUCGCAGCAGAUGCAACAGCUGCAAAUGCAAGCGGCGGUGGUGAAGCAGAGGCAGCAGCUGAGAGCGUCGAUGAUGAAGGAGAAGGAAGAGGAGCUCGCCUUGUUUUUGGAAAUGAGGAAGCGGGAGAAGGAGCAGAACAGCGAUCUCCUUCUGCUCAAUGAGACCGGCGAUUUCGAUGCGCCGUUAGUUUCAAAGCCUGGGACGUCACCGAUAUUCAACAUCUCAUCCUCGACUCCGGCGAGGAAAACCAGCGGUGAUGAUUUCCUCAACUCGGACAACGAUAAGAACGACUACGACUGGCUUCUAACGCCUCCCGGAACCCCUCUUUUCCCUUCCUUGGAGAUGGAAUCUCAGAGGACAGUCAUGAGUCAGAUUGGUACUCCAAAGGCUCGCCCCACUGCACUCAAGUCUCGGCUGGCAAAUAACCACCCAGAGAGCACAGCUGGUGGCAACUUGCUAUCCAGACAAUCAACUUCCUCCCCUGGCUUGAAUUCUUCUACCAUAGGGAUUCGUAGGCCAUCAUCAUCUGGUGGACCGGGAUCAAGGCCUGGAACACCGACCGGGCGUCCCACAUUGACAACAGCAUCUAAACCUUCAAGAUCUUCAACACCUACCUCCCGUGCCAGCUUGCCUUCGUCUAAGCCCACUCUUAGGUCUAGUUCGACUGUAGCUAAGCCUAAUGGUCCUACUCCAGCGAGAUCAACAGCAACUUCAGCGGCCAAGCCUACUGUUCCGGCGAGAUCUUCUACCCCAACAAGGUCAACUCCACGAUCUUCAACGCCAACAAGGUCAACAGCACGAUCUUCAACGCCGACAAGGUCAACAGCAAGAUCUUCAACACCAACAGCAAGACCCUCUAUACCACCACCUCAACCCAAGCCAGCUUCAAGGCCCGCAACUCCAACUCGAAGACCAUCAACCCCAUCUAGUGCACCUCCAGGCAGCAGAUCAUCGGCACCACCACCAAUCAAAUCAUCAUCUGCUUCAGUCAUCACCAAGUCAGUUCCUACAAUUGCCAGAAAUCCAGUGCCGUCAUCACGUGGCAGUUCCCCAGCACCCAAGUCCAGGCCAUGGAAUCCCUCAGACAUGCCUGGCUAUUCACUAGACGCCCCGCCGAAUUUAAGGACGUCAAUAUCAGACAGACCCACUUCAGCUUCCAGGGGCAGACCUGGAGCACCAGCUUCUCGAUCUUCCUCUGUGGAGCCGGUUUCCAAUGGAAGAAUAAGAAGGCAGUCAUGCUCGCCUUCAAGAGGACGUGCCCCUAAUGGCAAUAGCGGGGGAUCCGUUCCUGCAAAGAGUCGUUUGUAUGCAAAAGCCAAUGACAGUGUGAGCCCAGUUGUCAUGGGGACCAAAAUGGUUGAGAGGAUGAUGAAUAUGCGGAAACUAGCUCCCCCUUCCAAACAAGAUGACAACAGACAUUCUCCACAUGGUAACUUAUCGGCCAAGUCUUCAUCGCCGGAUAGCUCAGGUUUUGGAAGAACUAUGUCCAAGAAGUCUCUGGAUAUGGCAAUCAGGCAUAUGGAUAUAAGGAGAACCAUUCCGGGUAAUCUAAGGCCAUUGAUGACUAACAUUCCAGCAUCGUCGAUGUACAGUGUUAGAUCAUCAGGCACUGCUCGAAGCGGCAGAACAAUCAGUGUUUCGGACUCGCCUCUUGCAACCAGCAGCAAUGCCAGUUCUGAAUUUAGUGUCAACAACGGUGGUCUCUCCUCGAUGGAAUUGGAGGAUGACAUUGGUGGGAUCGAAAGACAUGGCCGUUCUCCAAUUCGAGGCAGGUGAUGAUGAAUUGUUGUUCUGAAAACCACCCCAUCCUAAUUCCUGACCAGUUUUAUACUGGUAUCAUAUAUAUUGUGUAUUAUUUGUCUGGGUGUUGCUUGCAUUCAUAUCUUUGUGGUUGGAAAGAAGAACAGAGAAGCCUAAUUUCCUGGGGGGAAAAAGAAAAAGGAAGUGCCUAACCGGAGUCGUAGACUCUGUAUUUUGAUGUAAAGUAGAUUAGGUUGAAUACUUCGUUUUGGCAAUCCAAAGUUUUUCUCACGGUUUCUGUAAUACCAAGUUGCCACAUUUUCCAUCCGCAGUAGAUUCUCUUCCUAGUUUGUGGUAUACUCACAUGUGAUUAGUGAGACUGAGAACCAUAUGUGAGAAUCAGUUCACAGGUGCUCAGGAUCGUUGCGU